UAUAUGAUAAACAUGAGUGUCUAAGCUAGACGAAGAAAGAACAAACGAUAUUGAUUUUGUAAACAUUGGGUGAAGAGGUCGUCUAGAGAGGUGAGUACGUAUAUACAUGGAUUUGAGUGGAGUUAAGGCGCUGCGCAAUUUCAAAACCAUUCAUCUGGUGAGACAUGCACAAGGAAUCCACAAUGUAGGAAUAGAGAAAGGAGAACUGGAAUCUUACAAGCUGUUAGAGCAUCCGCAAAGGAGGAUUUAACCAAUUCUUAGCACGAUAACAUAGGUUAAUUUGAUUAAAAUAUUAAUACAUAUGCUCGAUUACGGAAGGAUUGAUCCUUGAAUAAGGAUUAGAAGGAUCAAGUCCUUGUGUACGUGUCCAAAGUGUGAGUGGUCCAUCUGGGGUUUGCGUUUUGCGUGUGAAAAAAAACAUUCACUCUCCAUCACGAAAAAAAAAAUUUGUGGAAGGCGAAAGGCCAUUUGGCUCUGAGAAAAGAGACGCGAUGAAGAGCCCGUGGAAGAUCUCGGAGAAGAUAAUCGGGGUUCGGAGAUGGAGAGAAUACACGUCUCAGUCAGAUCUCGUCCGCUUUCCACGGAGGACGCGAUGAAGAGCCCGUGGAAGAUCUCUUCGCUGCUGCCGUUCGGGGAUUCAACGGAACCGUCUUUGCUUAUGGUCAAACGAACAGUGGGAAGACGCAUACGAUGCGAGGCUCACAGAGUGAACCAGGAAUCAUCCCUCUUGCUGUUAAUGAUUUGUUUGAGAAUGUAUAUCAGGAUGCAAGCAGGGAUUUAUAACGAAGAUAUAAACGAUCUCUUGGCUCUUGAUGAGAGUUGUUUAUGUUGCAAAACUUGUUAACGGUUGUGUUGUUGCAUGUUUAACAGGGGAGAAAGAAAGAGAGAAAGAGUCUGGUGCUAUUCCAGAGGAAGGUGGAGAAACUGUGGUGAAGGAAGAAAAGAAGAAGAAUAAAAAGAAGGAGAAGAAGACUAAGAAGGAGAAGAAGAAAAACAAGACGUCAGAUGAGAAGGAAGAAAAUAGAGAGGAUGUUGUUAUGGAUGAACUCGAACAUGAGAAUGUUGAAGAUGCUCAAGAGCAGGAGCUUGACUUUUGGAUGCCUCCGGAUGGAGAAAGGUGGGACUUUGAUGAUGGAGGAGACAGGUGGGGAUCAGAUUCGGAGGAGGAAGAAGGAAAGAAUGUGGAAGAAGAUCCAAUAGAUUUGUUUUCUACAUGUGAGAUCGAUGAAGAUGGAAAGAGUAGCUUGGAUGAUUGCAUAAUGGGUGAAGUUGAUGAAGAUGGCGAAAGUAGUUUGGAUGAAGCUCCUGAAAGGUACCAUGAAUUUUCAUUCGCUUCUCUAUGUGACUAGAUAAAAAUGAUUUUAGACAUUCAAGUAAUUGUCAAGUUUAUGAAGUGUAGAACAACAUUUUGAAUGGAACACCUUCUUUCAAGGAAAA